GCCACUCCCUCCCUCCCUCCCUCCGCGUGCCCGCCGCCGCCGCCGCCGCGGCUCUCGUCGAACACCCACCUUCCUCUCCCUCCUCCCGCGCGGCCUCGGCGCCGGGCGGAGCCGGCGAGCGAGAUGUGGCCCGCCGCCGCGUCCCUCCGCCUGCUCGUCCUCCCGCCGCUCCCUCCUUCGAGGACGCACCGACACCGCCGAGCGGCAGCCCAGGUGCUCGCGCGCAGUGGCCGCGGCGUGCGCCGACCAGGGCUCGCGGCCGCCGCGCGCCGCGAGACGCCGCCCUCCCCCGCGGACGCGGUCGACUGCGUCGGAACGGGCACCGACGUCGAGUGCUACGUCGACGACGGCCCAGGCGCGGGCGCGGGCGCCGAACCCCGCCGCCGCGAGACGCCGCCCUCCCAGCCGGACGCGGUCGACUGCGUCGGCACGGGCACCGACGUCGAGUGCUUCGUCGACGGCGCAGACCCGGGCGCAGGCAAAUCGGAACCCCUCCUCGCGCGGGUCUCCAAGGAGGAGGAGGAGGGCGCGGGAGUGGAGGAGGAGGGUGGUGUCUCGGCGGCGGCGGUGCUCGCGGCGAGGGAGUGGUGGGAGUGGGCGUCGCUGGUCUCGCCCUUCUUCUUCUGGGGCACGGCCAUGGUGGCCAUGAAGGGGGUCAUCCCCAAGACGGGGCCCUUCUUCGUCGCCGCGCUCCGCCUCCUCCCCGCCGGCGCGCUGCUCGUCGCCUUCGCCACCGCGCGCGGCAGGAAGCAGCCUUCCGGAUGGGCGGCUUGGGUGGCCGUCGCCGCCUUCGGCCUCGUCGACGCCGCCUGCUUCCAGGGAUUUCUCGCAGAGGGAUUGCAGAAGACAUCAGCCGGGCUUGGAAGCGUUAUCAUUGAUUCCCAGCCAUUGACGGUAGCUAUCCUUGCAGCACUGCUCUUUGGAGAAUCGAUCGGUGCAGUAGGAGUCGGAGGGCUCGUGCUGGGUGUCGUCGGUCUUUUGCUUCUCGAGGUUCCAGCACUAUCAGUUGAAGGAAAUGACACAGCAAUCUGGGGAAGUGGGGAAUGGUGGAUGUUCCUCUCGGCCCAAAGCAUGGCUGUCGGAACUAUCAUGGUCCGUUGGGUGUCAAAGUAUUCUGAUCCAAUCAUGGCAACAGGAUGGCACAUGAUAAUUGGUGGCGUACCUUUGUUGGUUAUAUCUGUUCUCAAUCAUGAUCCUGCUCUGAAUGGGCACCUUCAAGAACUUACAUUGAACGAUGUAUUAGCACUUCUCUAUACAUCUAUAUUUGGCAGUGCUAUCAGCUAUGGUGUGUACUUCUACAAUGCUACAAGAGGUAGCUUGACCACACUUAGUUCUCUCACUUUCUUAACUCCUAUGUUUGCUUCUAUUUUUGGGUUCCUCUAUCUUGGAGAGACCUUCUCACCUGUACAGCUUGGUGGCGCACUUCUAACAUUGGUCGCCAUCUAUAUGGUUAACUACAAAAGCAUCGUAGGCGAGAAGUAAGGCUGUUGCAAGAUUUUUUCAGACUCUGGCACAGAUAGGUGCUGCACUGAAGCACCUGUAACAGUUCAUUGGUGCCAGAGAGCAAUGUGAAGGUUAAAUACAUUCCACGGUCCCAACAUCUCACACAGCUUGAUUGUGAGACAAGACAGAGAUGAUGGUAUAAACUAGCAGAAACAAGCCCUGUCAGCUCUGAACAUAAUUAGACUGGCAUUUCGGGCACCACUGCAUCCUUCUGCUUCUGAGGUUCCCAAGGUAGUCAUAUACUUCGUUUGAGCUUCGCCAUUCUUACUGGAUCUGAAAAGAAGAGAGAAAAUUGUAUGCAUCAGAUGGUUAAAACAUAGUUGCUAUGUAACUGUGUUGUGCGAUAUCUGAUUGAGGGGAAGUUGCCCCGUUGUAUUGUACGAGUAGUUUGGAGCAUGAAAGCUAAUUGGUUUGUAAGGAAGCAGACGUAGAUGAUGAGCUGUGAGCUUCGUCCAUCGUUUUUAUGGAAGUGUGCACCUUUUGUGCAGAAAAAAGGAACUGUGAAGCUGUACUUGAAUACUUGAUGAUGGUGUAUGUUAGAUGAUACGGAGUACAUAUUUUCCAA